UAUCACCACUCCCACUGUUUGGUUUCUGUUUCAUCGUCCUAGGGUUUUUUCUUCUCUCAGUUGCUUUCUCUGAAUUUCGAUGGCGAUGACGUUCUCGCCUGCAACGCCUGUGCGGACAAUCUUCCAGCGCAAGUCACUCUCUUCUGGAGGUUGUUACUGUAGAGGACCUAGUUAUGAGAAAUGCCAUUUGAAUAUUGGUAUUGCAUCCACAUUGCGCUCAGCUGCAAAUUAUGUCAGACUUGGGGAUGGCGCCAGGGAAUAUUCUGGAAAGCUAAUUGUUGCCAAACGAAAUUUUCAAAAGAGGCAUGUUGAAAGCUAUGGAUACAAAACAGGAAUUUUUAGGUGUGCAACCAUGGAAGAAAUUGAGGCUGAGAAAUCUUCUAUUGAGAAAGAUGUUAAGGAAAGAAUGGAGAAGACUAUUGAAACAGUUCGAACAAACUUCAAUUCCAUUAGGACGGGUAGAGCAAACCCUGCCAUCCUAGAUCGGGUUGAGGUGGAGUAUUAUGGGACGCCAGUCAGCUUGAAGAGCAUUGCUCAAAUCAGUACACCUGAUUCAGCUUCUCUCUUGGUUCAACCAUAUGACAAAUCCAGCCUAAAGGUUAUUGAGAAGGCCAUAGUCAGCUCUGAUCUUGGUUUGACUCCAAACAAUGAUGGAGAAGUAAUACGGUUGUCCCUUCCCCAGCUGACAUCUGAGAGAAGGAAGGAGUUGUCAAAAGUUGUGGCUAAACAAGCUGAGGAAGGAAAGGUGGCAUUGAGGAAUAUAAGAAGAGAUGCCCUAAAAGCAUAUGAAAAACUUGAAAAGGACAAAAAGCUCUCAGAAGAUAAUGUGAAAGACUUGUCUAGUGAUUUACAGAAGCUGAUAGAUGAGUAUAUGAAGAAGAUUGAAACCAUCUACAAACAGAAAGAGAAGGAGUUGCUGAAAGUUUAAUGACCAACUGUAUGCAGAUGAGUGAGCUUCCUCCAUGGUGAUCGACCAGAUCAGUCCUUUGCUUUGGUGCAUAUUUUUGUCAUUUUUGUAAUUUCUUUGGGCAAAGUGUUUUCCCUCUUUUGUUCUCUAUUUGUUUGUUGUUGCUUUUUUUUUUUUUUUUUUUUGCUUCCUUUUCCUUUUCCUCUUUUCCAAAUGUAAGAAAACUAAAAGAUGUGACUUAAAAAACAGAUCCCUCAAAAGAGUUAAAAAAUUAAUUGCACUUUUUGUUUGGUAUAUAGAAGAGUAUCAAAAUUAGGAGUUAGUGGCA